AUGGGUUUGCAGGAGAAACUCAACGCCAAUCCGACUGUGUACGCUGUGGCUGCACCGACGCGCAAGCACUUUGACGUGGACGAAGCGCUCGACGAAGACGCCGUUGACCCGUUCGAGGCCGAUGAGGUCUUUGAAAUCCUUCGACAUGUCAAUGACCCCGAGCACCCGCUCACACUGGAGCAGCUCAAGGUCAUGACCCUCGAGAACAUUCACGUCGAUGACGCCAACUCGCGCGUUAAAGUGUACUUUACGCCCACUAUCCCACACUGCAGUAUGGCGACGCUGAUUGGACUUUGUCUGCGCGUGAAGCUUCUGCGCUCCAUGCCGCCACGUUUCAAGGUGGACAUUCUCAUCACGCCGGGCACACACUCGUCCGAAGCAGAGGUGAACAAGCAGCUGAACGACAAGGAGCGCGUUGCAGCUGCGCUGGAGAACUCGCACUUGCUCACGGUCGUGAACAAGUGCAUUGCUGACACGGACAAGUAA